GAGAGCGGCGGCGGAGAGCGGCGGCGGAGAGCGGCGGCGGAGAGCGGCGGCGAGCGGUUGUCCGUGCUGCCGUGAGGUGCGUGUGAGCCGCCGCCGCGCUGUGACGAUCGCGCUCCGGGCUCCGGGCUCAGUCCGCAGUCGGCGGGAGGCGGCGAGAGAGCCGAGCGGGGAGGGAGGCCCACCGUCCGUCCCGCUGCGCCGCGCCGCUGCCGGGCGCCGCUUCCCGCGGAGGAGCGCGCUUCCCGGCCGGCCGGAGGGUGUCCGGCGGCCCGGCAUGGCGGCUGCGAGGCAAGUGCUGUGUGUGUGGGCUUUGCUGGGCGUGGCGCGCGUUCGCUGCGAGCCCAUCCGCUACUCCGUGGCCGAGGAGGGCGAGAGCGGCUCGCCGGUGGGCGACGUGGCGGAGGACGCGGGGCUGGCCCCGGCGCAGCUCUGGGCUCGCCGGGCGCGCAUCGCCUCGCCGGCCGGCCGGCAGCACUUUGGCUUAGAGCGCGGCAGCGGCCGCCUCGUGCUCGCCGAGCGGCUCGAUCGGGAGGAGCUGUGCGGACGCUCCCGCACCUGCACGCUCGCCUUCGAGCUGCUGCUCGCCGACCCGCUGCAGUUCUUUCCCAUUGAGGUGUCCGUGGAGGACGUCAAUGACCACUCGCCGGUCUUCCCGGACGAAAGGCUGACCUUUAAGAUCCCAGAACUGACAGAAGCUGGCUCCCGUUUCCCAGUGGAGGCUGCUCAGGACCUGGACAUUGGCAGCAAUGACAUCCAGGCUUACAGCAUCGCUCCUGAGAACGAGUUCUUCAGUGUCUUCAGGCAGAGCGAGAGCGCCAAGUUUAUAGAACUGAUUUUGCAAAAGCCUCUGGACAGAGAGGAGCAGCCAGAGAUGGAUUUCUCUCUCAUUGCCACAGAUGGGGGCUCUCCACCACGCACAGGUUCCACUCAAGUGCACAUUGUUGUUCUGGAUGUAAAUGACAAUGCUCCAGUCUUCACAGAGAAGCAGUAUAUCGUUAACGUUCUGGAAAAUGCUCCAGAGGGUUCGGUGAUUCUCAAAGUCAUCGCCAGUGAUGCAGAUGAGGGUGCUAAUGGUGACAUUUCCUAUCAGCUCAGCCAAUCAGCUGGACGUAGCCAUUCAUUAUUCACAAUUAACUCCAGAACAGGUGAAAUUGAAAUUGCACAGGCUUUGGAUUUUGAGACCGCACAAAAACAUGAGUUCACCGUGCUGGCAAUUGACGGUGGGGGUCUCUCAGCCAUGUGCAAUGUGGUAGUGGAUGUGAUGGAUGUGAACGACAACGCACCAGAGAUCGUGGUCAGUUCCUUCAGCAGCCCGAUCCCUGAGAAUGCAGCACCCGGGACAGUGGUCGCCCUCUUCUCUGUCACCGACAAGGAUUCCGGUGUGAAUGGGGAGAUCAGCUGUGCCCUGGCAGAACAGCUGUCGUUCUCCCUGCGGCCGGCCUUUAAGAACUACUACGAGCUGGUGACCGUGAGCGCGUUGGACCGGGAGCAAACGGCACGUUACACGGUGGUUGUCACGGCCGCAGAUGCAGGGUCUCCUCGUCUGAGCGGCAGCCACACGUUCACCGUGGACGUCUCGGACGUGAAUGACAACGCGCCCGUGUUCAACCAGACGUCGUACACCAUGUACGUGCACGAGAACAACGUCCCCGCGCUGCUGGUCGGGGCCGUGCAGGCAAGGGACGCGGACGCGGGAGCCAACGGCAAGGUGAGCUAUUCGCUGGUGGCGGCCGAUCCGCCCGAGCGAGAGCCGUGCUCGUGCGUGUCCGUGAACUCCGAGAGCGGAGCCGUGUUCGUGCUGCGGCCGCUGGACUACGAGCAGCUGAGGCAGCUGGAGGUGGUGGUGAGCGCUGCGGACGCGGGGUCCCCUCCCCUGAGCAGCAGCGUCGGCGUCCGCCUGCUGGUGGUGGACGAGAACGACAACGCGCCGCUGGUGCUGCACCCCAGCGCGCAGGACGGCGGCCCUGCUUGGAGCGAGCCGGUGCCCGCGUGGGCCGAAGCGGGGGACCUGGUGAGCAAAGUGGUGGCCGUGGACGCCGACUCGGGGCAGAACUCGUGGCUUUCGUACCGGCUGCUGAGGGCCACGGAGCCGGGGCUGUUUGCCGUGGGCGCCCAAAGCGGGGAGGUGCGGCUGAGGAGGCCGCCGACGGAGAGGGACGCGGCGAAGCAGAAGCUGGUCGUGCUGGUGCGGGACAACGGGCGGCCGCCGCUGUCGGCCACGGCGGCGCUCAGCGUGCUCCUCCUGCACGGCUCCCGGGACGCUGAGCUGCCGCAGCAGAGCCCCGCCGCGCACGACGACGACGGCUCCCUCACCGCCUCCUUGAUCGUCGCCUUGGUCUUGGUCUCGCUCCUGUUCCUGGUGUCGGCGGCGGCCUUUGCGGCGUGCAAGGCGUGCAAGAGCAAGGAGCCGAGUAGCGGGCACGUGCUGUACGGCCCCAGCGGCGUGCCGAGCUGCGUGGCUGACGGGGCCGCUGCCGGCACCCUGCCCCACGCCUAUUGCUACGAGCUCAGCCUCACCACGGGCUCGGGCAGCAGCGAGUUCCAGUUCCUCAAGCCCGUGCUGCCCAGCCUGCCGGCGCAGCGCUGCAGCACGGGGGUGGCCGGCGACGAUGCCGAGCAUUUCCCUGCUGUCCCUGUCCCCGUGGGGGAUGCUGAUGUCGAGAGCCCCGGGAUGCAGGCUGUGGGACAGUUUCACGGCUUGUAAUUAGCACUGCGUCUGCGCUUCAGGCAGCAUCAAGGCUUGUUUAGUGUGGCUUCUGUGCUUUGAUAGUUAUGUCCAUGUCUGCUUGUUUAGAUCUGCAUUUGUAGUUCACCUCCCAUUCCACAAGAACAUAAAUGUAAUUGGAAGCUGUGGAUAUUAACAGGAAAGUGAGUGUGUGCUUUCUGAGUCUCCCCUAGAUUUCAGUCCCUCAGCCUUCUAGCUCUGGCCACAACAGAAAUUCCCUGUGUUUCAAGAGGUCCCCAGAAAUGUGUGUUUCUGCUGACAGCCCAUGUGCCAGCUGGAUGAGGACAGAGCGUGCAGGAUGUGAGGGCUGGAUUUGGUGCCACCUGUGAAGCGAGCAGAGUUCAUCA